CAUCCAUCCAACCAAACCACACGUCUUUUUCUAUUCCGUUGUUUUCUGUCAUUUACUACAAUCGCAAUCAGAAUUAAUAGAUACUGUGGUGUAUAUUUUAUGAAGAAGACCGUACUUUAAUAUAAGUGUAACAAAGAAAUGUAAUUUAGACUCUAAAGAAGAUCUUGGUGGUAACAAAAUAUAAAGUGCGCGAUGGCGGGAUCACUGACCGACUUCUCGAACCUAUUAUGAACUGGAGAAGCAAUAAAGAAUAGAUAAAGUUCCUAAUGAGUCCUAUUUGAGGGUCUAUUUGGGAGAUGGACACACUGCACGUGGGUCAUGGGCACAGUAAGGGGUCCAGUCGAAGCCAGUCUCCGUCCACGGCAGAUUUGGCGAGGGAUCCUGCAGUGGUGACUGAUGAUGCAGUCAUCAGGUCCAGAGUACAAUCGCCCUCGACUGUACAUCAUGUUGUCAGUGAACCGUCUUCAAGUACGUCGUCGUCGCGACAUGGCGAGCGCGCGCACCAUGUCAAGUCUCAUUCCAGGGACUUGGGCAACAGUCCAUUGUCAGCUAACACCACCGGGAAUAGUUCUAGAGAGUUGGAAGACUCGCCACAAAAGAAGGUCCUGCCAGGUCUGAUGGCGCCGGGAGACUACCCCAGUGCGGUAUACAGCCCCAACGUGUCGUAUGCGCUCUCAUCGGCUGAUGAGUACGGAUCGCCUGCUUACAGAGGCCAGGAUGGGGACUACUCAAAUCAAGACGAGAGUGACGGUGCGAACGUGACGUCAUCGAAGGCGAUGGCUGCGAUAGCGCACCUCAACUCGAAGAUCGAGCGCACCAAGGAUCUUAUACGACUGGAACAAACUAUACGAGAUGACAAUGUAAACGAGUACCUUAAACUUGCGGCGAAUGCAGACAAGCAACAGUUGCAACGUAUCAAGGCGGUGUUUGAGAAGAAGAACCAGAAGAGUGCGCUCUGUAUCGCGCAGUUACAGAAGAAAUUGGAAGGAUAUAACAAACGGAUCAAAAGUUGGGAGUUGAUCAUGUUGCAGCAACACGGCACGAGCGGGCAGGCACACCGCCAGCCCAGGGAGGUGCUGCGGGACAUGGGGCAGGGACUCAAGAACGUCGGCGGCAACAUCCGCGACGGUAUCACGGGUCUGGGCGGCAGUGUCAUGGCGGCGCCGCGCGAGUUCGCGCACCUGUUCUCGCGCUCCAACCGGUUCGGGUCAGCCGACAACAUCGCCCAGCUCGCCGCGCCUCCUCACGCGGAACUAAGAGCGAACGCGUCGUCUGAAGGAUCCCGCGCGUCCGAGGCCGGUGAGGCAGCCGCACCGAGAGGUUCCACGUUACCCCGCGCCGCCACCUCACCAGCGCCCAAAUUCUCGCCUGAAGCAUCGCCCAGUUCCUCUGUUACGAGUGAAGGAGCGCCGUACCCAGCACAGACCGGUUCGAAUAACAUAUCGGAGCCGACGUUUACCCUGAAACCCAUACUAAAUGAGCUGCGCGAGCGCCGGGAAGACUACGAGCGGCUAUCUGAGAAGAUAGACGCAUUGAAGAACCUGUCACAAGAGGUAUCGUUCCUGUCGGCCGCACUACAGGAGGAGCGGUUCAAGACUGAGCGGCUGGAGGAACAAAUUAAUGAUCUCACUGAACUACACCAAAAUGAGGUGGAGAACCUAAAGCAAGCUUUAACGGAUGUGGAGGAGAAGGUUCAAUACCAGAGCGAGGAGCGGAUACGAGAUAUACACGAAGCGCUCGACCUCUGCCAGACUAAAGUGAGUGCUAUAGAACAGUGGAUGCAUGGNNNNGGGGGCGGUGCGGGCGGGGCUGGCGGCGCCGGGGACGCGGCCGGCGGGGCUCUGCCCCCGCGUCUGUUACUCGUCAAACUGUUGAAUGUCGCACUCACUCUACUACAGCUCGCCUUGUUACUCGUUGCUACCAUUGCCGGAGUCGCUAUGCCGUUUUUAAGGACUAGAGUUCGCGUCCUUACAACAAGUCUAGCAGUGAUGCUCGGCGUGAUGGUGCUGAAGCAGUGGCCGGAAGUGACGCAGCUGUCGGAGCACCUCGUGCGGCGCCUCAAGGAGUACUUGCUGGACAAGCACACCGACAGGUAUGAAUGCAAGUCGUUAUGUGGUUGAUUUUGUGCGAAUCAGCAACGCUAGUGGAAAUUUAGGUGAUAUUGCAAUUUUGUCCAGGGAGACCGCGUUAUACUAUGUACGCCUACCGAGGUAACUACUGCUCAGUUAAACUAACAAUAACAAAUAAAUAACAAGUUCAAACAUAUUGAAUUAAUUGAAGAAAAAGGGAUCCUCCCGUGCAAUUACUAAGAACGUCGCCGCAUCUCCGCACGCUGCUCAAGAAUGAGAGACCCGUUGUGACUCGAAACUAGUAGAGCGUCUCUCAAUAAUUGCACUCAAAUAAAUCGUUAUUAUAAAUGAAUUCAAUAUGUUUUAAUUAGUUAGUAUUAAAACAUACUCAUUUAUAGUCAGUUUGACUGUAAGAUUAUUUUUAUGAGAUUAUAAUAUAAACUGUUAGAUUAACUAAGCAGUUAGCAGUUAAUACUUGUUGCGUGGCGACGGGAGUUGAUGGAUAAUACAUUUUUAAUGCUGAGUAAUGGAAUGAAAAUGUAAUAUUUUCAUGCAUCAUACUAUUAAUUUUGUGGGUAAGAAAUUUUCAGAUACGUCCCGAAGUGUAGUAAUAAGCACAUCCUGUAUAUGGGACUUCCAACAAAACUAGUGAAAAGUGUAUGUUCCAUUAAAUAUGUGUAAUUUCUGCUUACCCUCCUUAUAAAGUAAUUCAUUAUUAAGCAAAUAGUUAUACUCAAUGUUAGUAGGCUCUCUAUUAACGUAGAAUGUAAAAAUAUUGUUGUAACAUUGAUCAACUCCUGCGCAGCGCCGUGGUUAAGUAUACUUAUUACAGUGAUAUUUCUUUAUUAUUAUUAUUUAAGUGUACACUGAGGUGGUCGCACACAAUUCUAGAUAUUUUUUAAAAUUCUAGACAUAUCUAGGUACCUGGAAAUAAAACUAUAGAAAAACAAAUUCAUAUUAGUAUUAUUAUUAAAUUGAUUCUUAAGAAAUAGUCUUUUCGAUUUUUAGAUCAUACUAUAACACAUUAUUGUUCAUAAAUCCUGUUUGUAUAAUUAUUAAAAACUAAAAAAUGUGUCGUAUCUAGAAAUGUGUGCGAAAUACUUAGUUUAAUUAGUGAUUCUACAUGAACAAACAAACGGGCUGGGCCCUGAGAUAUUUGAUGAUUUAUUCUUGCGUUAAGUACGCCGCGCCGUACGGCAUGCUUAGUUAAUUGCUCACAAAACUCAGUUCUUAUACACGACAGUUAAACACCAUCGUGUUUGCCAAGCUAUUGUGUUGUUUAUGCCUUUGUAAUAAGGGCCAGUUAGUUAAAAGUCUAUCAACGUUUGGCAAACUCGAUGUAUUUGACUUAAAGGCUGAAUGGUUUAAAAAUCUCGAAUCUGUUAGGUGGAGGAAAUGCUUGAUUGCGUUUGUACAAAUUCGUAGUUAAAUGGGGGAGGGGGGGUAGCCAUCACAAUGUUAAAUAUACGUUGCGGCAUUGGUUCUAAAUAUAUUCAUUAUUUUUUUAUAUUGAAUUUAGUCAAAUAUUCGCUAAAGACUACUUUGAUUUAUGAAUCAUUACCUAUUUAUUUUACAUUACAACAAUUAAACUAAUCAAUUCAUACUUUAUUAGUUUUAUUUUUAUGAAAAUGACGUUAUUUAUUGAUGAAUUAAAUUAUUUUUGAAUUGUUCGUCAAAAUGUUCGGUAGUUCAUUUAGUUGUUUUCUAACUUUUCUAUAAUGAACUGUAAAUUGAUUUUAAUUUUGAAAAGCGCCACCAACGCGUGAAGAUGGUUUUUGUAUUAAAAUUCAAAUUUUUACAAGGAUACAAUGUUAAGCAAUAAUAAAUAUGAAUUAAUAAAAUAGUAUUUGUCUACAAAGCUUGGGAAUAGUGUCGGCUAGAGUCGUAAUAGUACGUGUUUAUUGUUACAAACCAAUUUCUAAGUGUUGGUCGCAUAUCUUGUAAUACCUUCGUAUUUUAAUGAGAACAUUCCAAAUUAAUUACAUUGUGAAUCUGAGUGCUAAAUGCGAAUUUUUUUUAACGUUAACGUUAGCGCGUUUGGCGCUCUGAGGCCUUAGUAUGAGUUUGAUUUACGUUUAAAGUAU